AGGCGGAGACCCACGGACUUUGGUGUCAUUGGCUCGGGCGCUCCUCCACCUGACAGCUGCGCGCCCACUUGUGGGUGUGACAAACAUUUCGUGCACGCGGCGUGGAUCUCCACACUUGGAGCCCUACAUAUGAUUUUUUUGUUCUGGAUCUUUUUGGGUUCAUCUCGAGAAGCUGUUGACGCACGAGAUCAGUAGUGACACUUCCACGGCGGACUGUUUUGCAGAUGUAGUGCAUUGGAGCACAGGUAGACUUUUAUUUUGAUGGACUCCAAAUGAUUCUGCUCCACCUGGGACGGGAGAAGAAAGAAGAAAAAUCCAGGUGUGGAGUCUGUGUUUGUAUGGGCUUUGCGCCCCACCUUGCCUCCACCAUGUUCAGCUGCGUGGGCUGCUUCUGGGUGCUUCUCUCCUCCGCCCUGGUCGCCGUGUGUAGUUUCAGUUUCAUCUCUCCUGCGUGGAUUGUGAAGGAGCAGCUGAGGAACACCAAUCACCAACAUCAGCACCAUCAUUAUCAUCAUAAGGAGUCCGUGAGCUUCGGCUUGCUGUGGCACUGCUCCGAGUCUCUGGACCACAUGUACCGUUGCUACACCUUUGGAGGCUUGGGCAAAUUUGCUGAGAUCCCAUCCAGUUCGUGGCAGACCAGCGCAGUGCUAUGCUCGGGAGGGUGCGCCCUGCUGGCCGUCAGCGCCCUCUUGGCCAUCAUCACCGUCUUUCUGCCCAGUGGAGGAUGCGAGAGGAGGAUCUGCACCCUGGCUGGAUACAUGCAGAUGGCCUCAGUGUUUAUCAUGGCCGCGGGACUGCUGGUCUACCCCUUUGGGCUCAACUCUUCACUCGUCAGGUCCUUUUGUGGCGGCUCGGAUGUGUACGACGCCGGCGAGUGCCAAAUUGGCUGGGGGUACAUGUUGGCCAUUGUGGGAGUGAUGCUCACCAUCUUUUUGCCCUUUUUUGCCAAAUAUGCACCAAAGGAGCAACUGUCUCCCACCCCUUUGCCUGCUCUCUUAUAGUUUAGUUUUUUUUGUCAUUUUUAAUUCUUUUAGAAUGUAAUUUUAUGUGUGUUUGUUUUUUCCCCCCCUUCUUUUUAAGUCGACUAUUCCAAAACAGACUGGACAUUAUAUGAUGUCAAAGGAACUGCAAAAACAAUGUAAUAUAAAUUUGUUUUUUCACAAAAGCAAUCUAUUAUUCAACAAGGUUCUGAGGAAUCUUUUACGAGAGCAGACAAUUUUUCUUAAACUCAAGGACAGUUUGACUGUAUAUAUGAACCAGACUUCCCGAAAAUGACUUAAAGGGGAACUCCGGCCGACUAAAAGGAUCAAGAAGAGUCUCUCUUUUUGUUACUAUCAUGUAAAAAAGGAGCAUUAACAAACAUAUUUUGAGUGAUGUGUAACAAUAAUGGUUUCUCAGUGUUGUUCAAAAUGUCAACCUUUUCCCCUGAAAUAUUUGUGUACGUAACUCGCUUGUUAAAUGUAAAGCAAUCGCCUCUCGUCGACAGCAAACACAAUUUAAUUCAGGAUGAAAACGAUGGCAAAAAGGCAGGGAGCUUUUUGUCGAAACAAAUGCAUGAGAAGACCGGUUUAGAAUAACUGCUGUCGAUUCUAAUGUGAUGUGACCAACUUGUGCCUUUUUAAAAUGACAAAGACAAGCAUUCAAUACCAUAAUCAGGUUGUUGUUUCCACUUUCUGUCAUCUCAUCAUUUCUACUGAAAAAAAAAAAAGAAGAGAUUGUGAGUCCUGGAGUGUUUUUUUUUUUUCUCAUUUAAUGCAGUAUAAUCCUUUUAAUCAUGAGAAGAAUAAAACAGGCAGUUCAGUUAUUGAUGAGAAGAAUUUCUCUUGCUAGAGCUUGGAUGAUAAAAUCAAAUCUUAUUUGAUUAUGAUUCUUUUGCAAAGAGUUGUACAAAUCAAGCCUUUCUUAACUGAGCACAUUAUUCCAUCAUGGCCGACCUUAAAAUAUGGUAAAAUGACUGCCAUGCUCCAUAAGACAGCAACUUCAACAAGUUACUGUCUCUGCACACUGCCAACUCAUGAAGUGAAACUUUCUUUGCAAUACAUGUGUGUGUUUAUACAGUAUUUGUAUUAAAUGUGGAUGGAUUUGGGUCGCUCUAAUAUGCCAUAUUCUGAUAUCAAGAAAUGCUCAUAGGGAAGGGUGCCAUUUUGAAAAGAGCAACAACUGUUUGGAUCUCAUCGUGAGACUGAGUCGUUAUCGCACGGGUCGACUUCUCCUCCUUUUUUGUUAAAAAACACUUUGUGUAAAGUCUCAGCACUGGUGAACGUGUUUUGGUAGAUUAGACUUUUAUUUAUUUUCUUUCCUUUAUUGUGGCUGUGAAUAAAAUGACUGUGCAGUACUUGCUAUCUCGUCGGUCUUAACUGCCCGUUUUUGAAAUUGUAUUUGGAGAGAUGACCUCAUUGUGUUUGCAUUAAUCUAUUGACAUUGUUUG